AUGGCGGAUCGGCGGCGCGCGUGGAACACGGAGGACGACCUGCCCGUGUACCUGGCGCGGCCGGGCAGCGCGGCGCAGACCCCGCGCCAGAAGUACGGCGGCAUGUUCGCCGCGGUGGAGGGCGCCUACGAGAAUAAGACCAUCGACUUCGACGCGUACAGCGUGGGCCGCCGAGGCUCCGCGCGCACACCGCGCAGUGCUGGCCGGCUCGACGCGGUCGGCCUGCCGGGGCCCGGAGGCAGCGAGGACACGGCCAGCGACGUGAGCGAUCCCUCGGGCUCGGCAGUCAGUUCGCCGGGCGAGCGCGACGAGCGACCACCUGCGCUGCGCAUCCGCUGCCCCGCGCCCCGCGACCUGCCGCUCGGCCGGGACAAUGGCCAGAGUGACCGACUCCUCAUCAAGGGUGGACGAAUCAUCAACGAUGACCAGUCCUUCUAUGCCGAUGUCUACCUGGAAGAUGGACUCAUAAAGCAAAUAGGAGAGAACUUAAUUGUUCCCGGUGGAGUGAAGACCAUUGAGGCCAAUGGGCGGAUGGUUAUUCCCGGAGGUAUCGAUGUCAACACGUACCUGCAGAAGCCCUCCCAGGGAAUGACAGCCGCUGAUGACUUCUUCCAAGGGACCAAGGCAGCACUGGCAGGAGGAACCACGAUGAUCAUUGACCAUGUUGUCCCUGAACCCGGGUCCAGCCUGCUGACCUCCUUCGAGAAAUGGCACGAAGCGGCAGACACUCUAUCCUGCUGCGACUACUCCCUCCACGUGGACAUCACCAGCUGGUACGAUGGUGUGAGGGAGGAGCUCGAGGUGCUGGUGCAGGACAAAGGUGUCAAUUCCUUCCAAGUCUACAUGGCCUAUAAGGAUCUCUACCAAAUGUCCGACAGCCAGCUCUACGAAGCCUUCACCUUCCUUAAGGGGCUGGGAGCUGUGAUCUUGGUCCACGCAGAAAAUGGAGAUUUGAUAGCUCAGGAACAAAAGCGGAUCUUAGAGAUGGGCAUCACGGGUCCUGAGGGCCAUGCUCUGAGCAGACCUGAAGAGCUGGAGGCCGAGGCCGUGUUCCGAGCCAUCACCAUCGCGGGUCGGAUCAACUGCCCUGUGUACAUCACCAAGGUGAUGAGCAAGAGCGCGGCGGACAUCAUCGCCCUGGCCAGGAAGAAAGGCCCCCUCGUUUUUGGCGAGCCCAUCGCUGCCAGUCUGGGGACGGAUGGCACCCAUUACUGGAGCAAGAACUGGGCCAAGGCGGCGGCCUUCGUGACCUCCCCUCCCCUGAGCCCGGACCCUACCACGCCCGACUACUUGACCUCCCUGCUGGCCUGCGGAGACCUGCAGGUCACAGGCAGCGGCCACUGUCCCUACGGCACUGCCCAGAAGGCGGUGGGCAAGGACAACUUCACUCUGAUCCCUGAGGGCGUCAACGGGAUAGAGGAGCGGAUGACCGUGGUCUGGGACAAGUCAGUGGCUACUGGCAAAAUGGAUGAGAACCAGUUUGUUGCUGUUACCAGCACGAACGCAGCCAAGAUCUUUAACCUGUACCCCAGAAAAGGGCGGAUUGCCGUGGGCUCGGACGCCGACGUGGUCAUCUGGGACCCUGACAAGCUGAAGACCAUAACAGCCAAGAGCCACAAGUCGGCUGUGGAGUACAACAUCUUCGAAGGCAUGGAGUGCCACGGCUCCCCGUUGGUGGUCAUCAGCCAGGGCAAGAUCGUCUUUGACGACGGCAACAUCAACGUCAACAAGGGCGUGGGCCGCUUCAUCCCGAGGAAGCCCUUCCCCGAGUACCUCUACCAGCGCGUCAGGAUCAGGAACAAGGUUUCCGGGUUGCAGGGGGUUCCCAGGGGCAUGUAUGACGGUCCUGUGUAUGAGGUGCCAGCCACACCCAAAUAUGCAACUCCUGCUCCUUCUGUCAAAUCCUCGCCUUCCAAACACCAGCCUCCACCGAUCAGAAACCUCCACCAGUCCAACUUCAGUUUAUCAGGUGCCCAGAUAGAUGACAACAACCCCCGGCGCACCGGCCACCGCAUCGUGGCGCCCCCUGGUGGCCGCUCCAACAUCACCAGCCUCGGGUGAAGGCGACUCGUGGAUGAGCGAGCGUGGAG